AUGAAUCAGGAUCUGUUCAUUCCUAAUAAUGCGUUCUUUACAUUCACAGGUUGCCCCCAAGGUUGGUCUCUGCUUGGCUCUCGCUGUUUCAUCUUCAACUAUGAGGAAAAGGAAUGGGCUAUUGCUGAGAAAUCUUGCACUGCCCUGGGUGGUAAUCUGGCUUCCAUCCAAACGCAAGUUGAAUACCUAUUCAUCAGACAGUUGGUGAAAACGGCAACAGGCAAAAAUAAACUUUCUUGGGUUGGAGGCAAUGAUGCUGUCAAGGAGGGUGUGUGGCUGUGGAGCGAUGGCUCUAAUUUUAAAUUUAGCGGCUGGGCAAAGGGGGAGCCAAAUGGUCAAGAAAAGGAAAAGUGCAUGGAGAUUAACUUUAGAGAAUCUGACUACGUCAACGACUCUGUGUGUUCUGGGAAGAAAUCGUUUGUUUGUUCUGCCGACUCAUCUCCCCUGGAAUAAAGAUGUUAAGUCUUCAUUCAGGAUGUCACUUCCAUCAGGAUGUCGGGCCUCGAUGACAUCAAGGUUUCAACGAUUGAUUGACUCUUCUGAUUGGCUUUAACUUUUAAUCAAUAAACGUAUGCAUCCUGCUAAGUGAUAAUUCUGUAUGAC